UGUGUAGCUAGCAGGAGAGGGGUGUGUUGUCUGUUGAUUUUUUAAACAGUGGCUCGUUAUUCAUCUAAAUACAACACAAUAAUAGUGCACGUAUGCGUCGUCGCUUAUUUAUUUAACCUGUUAUGUGUGUUGCGCGCCGACAACCCGGACAUGCUAACGUUAGCUGUGUAGCUACCUAGCUUGGCAGCUAGCUAGCUUGGUGACAAGCGUCCUAAAUGUCAGAUUGUAUGGAAAGCUGACCUUGUAGGCACAGCAAACGGGAAGAACGGUUCGUAGGGCUUCUGUCAGAGCUAUGGCUUCAACCGGUCUCUUGUGUUUGUUCAACGCGAAGGCAGCAGGCUCGGUGAAAGCAUUAGCCAGGGCAGGAUGCAGUGUGUGCUUCAGGAGGAACUUCUCCAGUUCACCUUCAAGACUGCAGAGCUGCAUGUCAGCCUGGGUCAUUGAUCAGUAUGGCACCAAUGGGGCUCUGAGGUACACAGAGGAAGCCACCAUGCCCAGCAUUAGUUCUCCCACUGAGGUGAUGAUUAAAGUCUAUGCAGCCAGUCUGAACCCUCUUGAUGCAUCUAUGAGGGGUGGCUAUGGAGCUAAACUGAUGAGGUUAAGAAGGGAUCCGUUAUCCGUGAUGAGCGACGACAGCGAGUUUCCCCUCAUUCUUGGUCGUGAUGUGUCCGGCGUAGUGUUGGACUGUGGGUCCGAGGUUACCCACUUCACCCCAGGAGACGAGGUGUGGGCUGCUGUUCCCCCAUGGAAACAAGGCAGCCUGGCUGAGUUUGUGACUCUGACGGAGUACGAGGUUUCUCACAAGCCAAAAUCGUUGAGUCACAUCGAGGCAGCGUCCAUCCCCUACGUCGCCAGCACGGCUCUGUCUGCACUCGUAAACGCAGGUGGUCUUUGCAGAGACAGCGCUGCAAAUAAAAGAGUUUUGAUCACUGGAGGAUCAGGAGGUGUCGGAACAUUCUCCAUUCAGCUGCUGAAGGCUUGGGGAGCCCACGUAACCGUUACCUGCUCCCAGAAUGCUGAAGGCCUCGUUAGGGGGCUCGGGGCCGACGAGGUGGUGGACUACACAGCGGGGGAUGUCGCCGAAAAGCUCGAGACGAUGGACAAGUUUGAUGUCGUGUUCGACGGCGUGGGUGGAGAUACGGAGCAGUACGCCAUGGGCCUGCUGAAGCCCUGGUCCGGGGCCAAGUACGUCACGCUGGUAACACCUUUACUCCUCAACACCGAUUCGAUGGGCCUGUUGGACGGGACGCUUCACGCCGGCUUCACGCUUCACAGUAAAGCCAUUCAGAACGUACUAUCAAGCGGAGUCUUCUACAGGUGGGGAUUUUACGCUCCAGAUGGUCCCGCUCUGGAUGAGGUCAGCCGGCUGGUGGAUGCGGGGAAGAUCCUCCCAGUCGUGGAGGCCCAGUUUCCAUUUACCCAGGUGCCUCAGGCUUUCCAGAAGCUGGAGCAGGGCCACGCCAGAGGGAAGACUGUAGUCAGGGUGGCUGAGGACGACGACGAGCAGGCUGACGAGUUGGUGCAGAGCAGCUGUUUGGAGACUGCAGAGUCGGAGCAAGAAGUGCAAGAAACAGCCAAGCAAAACUAAAGAGGGGAAAGCAAGAGCCAAGAGAGUUCCUCCUGUGAUCCUUCUCACCUCUGCAAGGCUACACUUGACUGCAGCAGACUGUAUUAUCCAGAGGUAGCGGCGUGUUGUGCAGCCAACUGCAAGCGUGACUGGUAAUGAGAGCCUGCUGGAGGCUGUAGCUCUUGUUAAAACUCACAGCCUGCAGUACCGUCUGAAGCUCUCUCAAGGUGGUUGAGUUAUGUUCAUGUCACACUGAGGUUACUGUAAUUACCACCUGCUGACCUGUAAAUACCAUCCAGGUCAGAAUCCAGAUGGCAACAGCAGCCCAGCAUUUGGUUCCUCGCUGGAAUUUAUACGACAUGAAACAGGUCUGUAACAGAAGCGGCGCUACGGGGCAGGUGACUGGUUCUCCUCUUUCCUUUGCAUUUGCAUAAUCUCCUUGUUAAGUCGUUUAAGAACUGCCUCGAGCGUCUGGACGUCAUUUUUGUCAUCGUUUUCUGCACCAAAUAUGUCAGUUCAACCUUUGGGAAAUAAAGAAACUUCAAAUCCGU